UUGGGCAGCACCAAAACUUCGUGUGUUCUUGUGUGCGUGCGUGAGUUCUAGCCAACAUUUGGUAUUUAGAGCAGAGGUUCGACCGAGGGCGAAGCCAUGACAUCCCAAUCGCCGCCUCACCAUGACAGCGCGCCCCCAAGCCGACGACGGUCGCAGUCACCAUCGUCGCGGUGGGGCGUGCUCAAUGGGAGCUUCCCAUUGUCGUUCACCGCACGGUGAAAGAAGCAUCGGGCUCUGUCCAAUACCCACUGCUCACCAAGACCAACUACCCGGAGUGGGUGGCCAAAAUCUCUAGGCGGCCGUUGAUCCAGGCGGCAUCGAGUACAGCGACGAUCGGCUUGCACUGGCAGCGAUCGCGCGCUCGGUUCCGCAAGACAUGAUCAAUAUGAUCGGGAGGAAGGAGACCGCAAAGGAGGCCUGGGAUGCGAUCAAGGUGAUGCGCAUGGGCGUUGAGCGAGUGCGCGUGUUGAAUGUGUAGAAGCUCCAGUGCGACAUCAACAACAUUGCCUUCAAGGAUGGCGAGGGUGUAGGCGACUUCUCGAUGCGCAUCUCCAACCUCGCCAACAACUUGCGGCUCCUCGGCGACGAGAUCGACGACACAAAGGUUGUGGAGAAGGUGCUCCAAGUUGUCUCUGAUCGUUUCAUGCAAGUGGCGAUUUCUAUUGAAACGCUAAGAGCAACUCCAAGAGUGCCCUAUAAUGGUGCCCCAAAUCAAAUUAUAGGGCAAAAAGCUAAAAAAGUUGCUCCAACAGCUGCCCUAUUUUAAAUAUUCCCGCCCCCACACGGAAAGGUCACGGGAAGGGUCCAUUUUCUCUCGAGCGCAGCUUCUCUCCAUGCGGCGACCGUCUUCAACCCGCCGCCCCUCGGAGACGAUGCAGCCUGCCGGCCCUCUUCAAUCCUAGGUGCGCCGCCCCUCUCCAGUCCCAGGUGGGUCGCCCGUCCCCGACGCCGUGAUGGAUCGACCGUAGGGAUCCAAAUCCCGGCGGUCUUCCUUGGAGGCCACCCUAGGUGCGAUUUCUGGAGCCCGUCUCGCUUCUGGCCAAGACCAUCGAGGAAAUCCCAUGUCCGCAGGUGCCGGUGCCGCUGCUCGGCCACAAGGUUUGGCACCCUCACCUGUGGUUCAAUCGACACCCAGCAGCACCGAUCCAUCAUGGAUGAUGCCUGAGUACAGCACAAUGCCCUCUCAGGUUAAUUAUUUCACUAAUUUACUCAGUCAAGAAGCAGUAGAUGUUUUUGAAUCUGAUGAUAAUGAGGAACUUGAAAAUGAUUUCCAAGAGUUCAAUGAUAUGAACUCACAACCUAAAUCAAAGGGCCGAUCCAAGAAUUUUACUGAACAGGAGGAUGUUUUGUUAGUUUCAGCCCAUCCGAAUGUUGGUAAAAAUGCUAUUGCUGGAAGGGAUCAAAAGGAUGGUAAAUUUUGGGAAAGAGUUGAGACAUACUUUCAUGUCAACAAGACAUUUGAGUCCGAUCGCAAUUGGUCAUCCUUGCGCCACCGGUGGAGUUUAAUAAAUAGGGAAAUCAAUUCUUUCAGAGGUUUCUUGGACAAAAUAGAAAGGAAGAACGAAAGUGAAAAGAUAAUGAAUGACAAGAUUGCUGAAGCAAAAGCAUUGUUCCUUGAAAGGAAAAAGAAGCCUUUUUCUAUUUUCCAUUGCUGGAACCUUCUUAAGGAUGAGCCAAAGUACAGAUCUCGGCAAAAUCCGGAUUCUCGGAAUGCUAAUGAGGAUGGUCCACUCAAUGCUCAAAGACCACUAGGAAGGAAAGCUGAGAAAGAAAGAGCUAGAAAGUGUGAUGAAACUGAAUCCGAUCCUUUCAUUGAAGAAGUUAAAAAAAUGAGGGAAGCACGAGAAGAAACAGAUAGAGAACGGAAGGCCCGUGAUGAUCAGUUCUUGGAGAUUGAGAAGAGUAAGUUUGACUUGGAGCGCGAGCAGCACGACAAUUUGAUAAUGCAAACCGACACAAGCACAAUGGACGACGAGGCAAAGCAAUACUUUAAGUUCAUGAAACAGGAGAUUUUGGCUCGUCGUUUCGGGACUAGCCUGCAAUAGAUGUUAUUUUCCCUUUAGUUAUUUAGGCUUGUCAAAGAACUCUUUAGUUUCUUAGGCUUCUCAAAGAACUCUUAGUUUUUUAGGCUUCUUGUUUUCGUUCUGGUCAGGGAUGAUGUUAGCUUACAAGAACCUAUUGUU